AUGAACAUGAAAGAAAAACAAGCAACAAUAGGACAAUAUACUAAUUGUGGGAAAAGUCUGAGUCAGUACUGCAGCCUGCUGAUACAUCAGAGAACUCACACAGAAAAUAAACCCUUUGAAUGUCCUGUUUGUGGGAAACGGUUCAUUACAAAUGCUCACUUGGUGAUACAUCAAAGGACCCACACAGGAGAGAAACCCUUUGAAUGUCCUAAUUGUGAGAAAAGUUUCAGUCACAAUUCCAAUCUGAUAAGACAUCAGAGAACUCACACAGGAGAGAAACCCUUUCAAUGUUCUGAUUGUGGGAAAAGUUUCAGUCACAAUUCCAACCUGGUAAGACAUCAGCGAACUCACACAGGAGAGAAACCUUUUGAAUGUACUGAUUGUGGGAAAUGUUUUAGUCAGAAUUCUGAUCUGGUGAGCCAUCAGAGGACUCACACAGGAGAGAAACCAUUUGAAUGUCCUGAUUGUGGGAAAAGUUUCAGUCAGAACUCCCACCUGGUGAUACACCAGAGGACUCACACAGGAGAGAAACCCUUUGAGUGUCCUGAUUGUGGGAAAAAAUUCAGUCAGAAUUCCAACCUGGUGAUACACCAGGCAACACAUACAGGAGAGAAACUGUAUGAAUGUCCAGAGUGUGGGAAAAGUUUCAGUUACCGUUCUAACCUGAUGAAACACCUGAGGACUCACACAGGAGAGAAACCGUAUGAGUGUCUAGAGUGUGAGAAAACGUUCAGUUCCCAUUCUAAUCUGGGAAAACACCGGAGGACUCACACAGGAGAGAAACCAUAUGUGUGUCCAGAGUGUGAGAAAAGUUUCAGUUACCCUUCUGUGCUUGUGAAACACCAGAGGACCCACACAGGGGAGAAGCCCUACAAGUGCUCCCAAUGUAAUAAAUGCUUUAGUGAAAAUGGCAACUUGCUGAUACACCAGAGGACCCACACAGGAGAGAAGCCGUAUGAGUGUCCGGACUGUGGUAAAAGUUUCAGUUACCAUUCUGACCUGGUGAAACACCAGAGGACUCACACAGGAGAGAAGCCGUAUGAAUGUCCGGAUUGUGGGAAAGAUUUUAGUACUAGUUCUAACCUUAUAAAUCAUGUAGUUUUACACACAGGGGAGAAACCUUUCAUAUGUUCAGUCUGUGGACGAUACUUCAAGCGUAAAUCAUCUCUUAUUGCACACAAGGAAAUCCACACGAGGCAAAAGUUGAUGAAUUUAGAGAAGACCUGAAAUUAGUUGGUGAUCUCGCAUUGAAGUGUAGGUUAUGAAUGGAUAGAGAAAAGAGGUAGAAAUUAGAGAAAGUAAGAUUAUGAAUGUCAAUAUUGUUAAUAUUGAAAAUAAAGAGGUAUAUAACUAUAAACAUGAAGGUAAAGGUUCCCCCCACACAGAUGUGCUAGGCAUUCCUGACUCUAGGGGACGGUGCUCAUCUCUGUUUCAAAGCCAAAGAGCCAGCACUGUCCGAAGAUAUCUCUAUAUUCAUGUGGCCAGCAUGACUCAAUGCCAAAGGCGCACGGAACACUGUUACCUUCCCACCCAAGAAGGUCCCUAUUUUUCUAUUUGCAUUUUUUACAUGUUUUCGAACUGCUAGGUUGGCAGAAGCUGGGACAAGUAACAGGAGCUCAUCCCCUUCUGCGGCACUAGGGAUUCGAACCGCUGAACUGCUGACCUUUUGAUCAACAAGCUCAGCGUCUUAGCUACUGAGCCACCACGUCCCCAACUAUAAACAUAGUAAUGGAUAAAAAUUUAAAUAAGCUAAUGUAAGAAGAAACUCAGUUUAAACUUUUUGGUUAUAUUAUUAUUACUACUAUUAUAUUAUUACUAUCGCUAUUAGUUUGUGUGCUAAUAUUUACUACCAACUUUCUUUGGUUUUGGUUUUAUUUGUAAAUGAUACCCUUGAUAAUGCACUGUUUUUCAAAAAUGUUUAUGAAUAAAAAUUUACUAAAAAAGAAAAGAAAAGAAAGUGUAGGUUAAAAAUUUACUAUUUGAAUUCUGCCUGAAUCUUUUUACUCAAAUGUGUCUCAGGAUUAGAUCUGUAGAUGGGGAGAAGAAAAUGGAGAGCAUUAGUUUGAUAAAAGAUAAAUAAUUGUUUCUGAUUAUCAGCAGAAGUUGUGGAAUUCCUCAAAAAGGCUUUUAGGUUGUGUUUUUUGUAUAUUGAUAACUGUUAUGUAUUCUUGUAUGUACCUUUAAAUAUUUGGGCGGGAAAUCAGCACGUUGCUGAUUGGACGAAGCCACCAGUAGAACUGUAUAAAAGGAGAGGUUUUUCCCCCAGCCCGUUGCUGGGUUCACCCUAUAUUAAAGAGCUGUUGUCACUA